AUGUCCGCUCCAGACACACAAGUAGCACGACCUCCUUUUAUUGACCCAACCCCACUUCCGGUAGAUAUACCACCAGUUGACGAAGUUGGUGUCACUUCGGCGCCUUUAAAGUCUGCUGCAUUCUUUAUUGGCGCGUAUUGCAAAGAAUAUAAUGAGGAUUUCAUGUUAUGUAAAAAUGAGAAUAAUGAUCCAGCGCAUUGUUUAAAAGAAGGUAGAAAGGUGACACGCUGUGCUAUUGAUAUAAUUCGGAAACUUCGUGAACACUGUGAUAAAGAAUUCGAGACGCAUUGGAAAUGUCUCGAUGAUCGCAAUCAAGAGUAUUACCGUUGUCGACCAUUAGAACGCGAAUUUAAUGAAUGUGUUUGGAAAUCGUUGAAAUUAGAAAAAGUCAUACCGGGUACGCCUCAAGGACAAGAACCUGUUCAUCUAAAAACCAAACCCUAUUGGACUAUGUCCAGUAUGGUCCAGUUGACAACACUGAAUGGUGGUUCUGCAACAUUAUAA